AUGAGUUUGUUGCGCGCCAGUAAACUGCAGCUGAGUUUCGGUGGCGUGCGCGCCGUGCAAGACGUGUCCUUCGAAGUGGAAUCAGGCGAGGUGUUUAGCAUUAUCGGGCCCAAUGGUGCUGGCAAAACCACGAUCUUCAAUUUGAUCAGCCGUUUUUAUGAUUUGGAUCACGGCGCGCUGAUGUUGGACGGUGUGGAUGUUUCUAGACUUCCACCGCACCGAGUCGCUGAAAUCGGUAUCGCACGGACUUUCCAGAACACCGAGCUGUUCGAGCAUGAAACGGUACUGCAAAAUUUAUUGAUCGGAUGUCACGUCAACCGCAGCGCGGGGCUCGUGUCAGAACUAUUUCACUUGCCAGCGGCCCGGCGUCAAGAACUCAAGUUUCGCAGAACCGUCGAACGGGUUAUCGACCUGUUGGACUUGCAAAGCUACCGGUUUCAGCCAAUCGGUAGCUUGCCCUAUGGUGCUCGUAAGAUGGUCGAGAUCGCCCGAGCUCUUUGCACAGAGCCGAAACUCUUGCUGCUCGAUGAGCCCGCCUCAGGGCUGAAUCCAGAAGAGACGGAUGAUUUGGCCUUCUGGAUCGACGAUAUCAGUGAAGAUCUUGGCAUCACCAUACUCAUGGUCGAGCACGACAUGAACCUCGUUUCGCGCGUUUCCAGCCGGGUGCUGGCGAUGGCCGAGGGUAAGGCCCUCGCGGUCGGUGAGCCAAAUGACAUCCAGAACCAUCCAGAAGUACUGCGCGCCUACCUCGGCCAGCCGGAGGUUGCAGCAUGA